CCACUAAUUUCCAUAAUAACCCUCUCACACUCUCAAUUCCUUUUCUAAUUACGCACUAAACAAAGAAAGAAAUGUCCUACAAUCUCCCAUGGAAGGCUCGCAUCCCUCUGUUCAUAUUUUCCACCGCCGUUUCCGCCUCUUGCAGGUCUAACUUCACUGUCAACCGCCGUAUCUGGAGCUUCUUCGACUUCAAAGUCCCUGCUUCUCAAACUCCUCGUAAUGGUGUCAAAACGUCUGAUAUCAUCAUUGACGCCUCCCGCGAUCUCUGGUUCCGCCUUUACGUCCCCUACUCCGUCUCCACCUCCACUAUCAGCCCUAUUAUCAUCUACAUGCACGGUGGAGGAUUCUCUUUCUUCACAGCCGAUUCUACAGCCACUGAAAUAUGCUGCCAGAGUCUCGCGUCUGAACUUGAAGCCAUUGUUGUCUCCGUCAACUACCGCCUCGCUCCAGAGCAUAGGUUUCCAUGCCAGUACGAAGAUUGCUUUGAUUUCCUCAAAUUUCUCGAUGAGAAUUUUGGCUGUUUUCCUCCUUCUGCUGAUCGAAACAGGUGUUUUCUGGUCGGAGAUAGUGCCGGCGGGAAUCUGAUCCACCAUUCGGCCGUCAGAGCAAGUGGAUAUGAUUUCCAGAAGUUGAAGAUAAUUGGGUUAGUAUCAUUGCAGCCAUUUUUCGGUGGAGAAGAGAGGACUGGUUCGGAGAUCCGAUUGGUUGGAAGUCCGGUUCUGAAUUUUAAGCUUACGGAUUGGUUUUGGAAGGCGUUUUUACCAGAAGGGUCGGAUCGAGACCACCCGGCAUCGAAUGUAUUCGGACCCAAAUCGGAUGAUAUUUCGGGUGUGAAGUUUCCUGAUAUGCUUCUUGUGAUCGGAGGGUUUGAUAUAUUGCAAGAUUGGCAAAGGAGAUACUACCAAGGGAUGAAGAAAGAAGGAAAACAAGUGUAUUUGGUGGAAUAUCCGAAUGCAAUCCAUGGGUUUUGGGGGUUUCCGGAUCUACCCGAAUAUUCAUUGUUCUUCAAGGAGAUGAAAGAUUUCAUACAAAAACAAUCGGCUAAAUGAGAUAAUUACUACAUUCAUGAUUGGCCCACACUCUCUUAGACAAACACUUGAAAAAAUAAAGGGUGCUACUAUGACAAUAGUGUAACCAAAUGGAGAAAGUAUAUCAUGCAUUAGCUAUAUAGAAUAGUCGAUGUAGAAUCGCAAGUCGAUCAUUAUUGAUAUGUAUGUAUGUGGAUGGUUAAAAAUUGAUAGCUAUUAUACAAUUUUAUU